UCGGCAGCUGCCAGGCACGGGCCCCUGGAGGUAAAGGUACCCGGGGGUGGGGAAGGCUCCGGGCCGCGGCAGAGCUCCCUGCCAGUGGCCCUGUCCUGUCUGCCGCCCCAGCGCCUGCGAAGCUUGGAUGUCCCCAGGUCCGGCCGCGCCAGCCAGAAACUUUGCCUGACCGCACCGUGAGGCGCCACGUCGGCCGCGCGCCCUCCGGGGCCCCGGGACCCCGCGAGUCAUUGCCUGGCCGCCCCAUACCCCGCGCCCGCGGCGCCGGGUCGCCAGGAUGCGCUACGCGGACCCCUCGGCCAACCGGGAUUUGUUGGGGAACCGAACUUUGCUCUUCAUCUUCAUCUGCGCCUUCGCCUUGGUGACCUUGCUGCAACAGAUCCUGUAUGGCAGGAACUACAUUAAGAGGUACUUUGAAUUUUACGAGGGGCCUUUUGAAUAUAACUCCACAAGAUGCCUGGAGCUGAGGCACGAAAUAUUGGAAGUGAAGGUGCUGUCCAUGGUGAAGCAGUCAGAGCUGUUCGACAGAUGGAAGAGCCUCCAGAUGUGCAAAUGGGCGAUGAACAUCUCUGAGGCCAACCAGUUCAAGUCCACUCUGUCCAGGUGCUGCAACGCCCCUGCCUUUCUCUUCACUACCCAGAAGAACACUCCCCUGGGGACAAAGCUCAAGUAUGAGGUGGACACCAGCGGCAUCUAUCACAUCAACCAGGAGAUUUUCCGCAUGUUUCCCAAGGACAUGCCCUACUACCGAUCCCAGUUUAAGAAGUGUGCUGUGGUGGGCAACGGAGGCAUCCUGAAGAACAGCCGCUGUGGGAGGGAGAUUAACAGCGCCGACUUCGUCUUCCGGUGCAACCUGCCCCCCAUCUCAGAGAAGUAUACCAUGGAUGUGGGGGUGAAGACGGAUGUGGUCACUGUGAACCCCAGCAUCAUCACAGAGAGGUUCCACAAGCUGGAGAAGUGGCGGCGGCCGUUCUACCGCGUGCUGCAGGUGUACGAGAACGCGUCGGUGCUGCUGCCCGCCUUCUACAACACGCGCAACACCGACGUGUCCAUCCGCGUCAAGUAUGUGCUGGACGACUUCGAGUCGCCGCAGGCUGUCUACUACUUCCACCCACAGUACCUGGUCAACGUGUCGCGCUACUGGCUCAGCCUGGGCGUGCGCGCCAAGCGCAUCAGCACUGGCCUCAUUCUGGCCACCGCGGCGCUGGAGCUCUGUGAGGAGGUGCACCUUUUCGGCUUCUGGGCCUUCCCCAUGAACCCCUCGGGCCUCUACAUCACUCACCACUACUAUGACAACGUCAAGCCGCGUCCCGGCUUCCACGCCAUGCCCUCCGAGAUCUUCAACUUCCUGCACUUGCACAGCCGAGGCAUCCUCCGCGUGCACACGGGCACCUGCAGCUGCUGCUGAUGGCGGCUCACCAGGCUGCCCGGCAAGCGGCGCAUUCUCUCCUGCUGUCCCUCCCGGUUGAACUGGGAGUCCCGAACCGGGCAGCGUGGGGACCUGGCGUUCAGACUGUCUCUCCCUCCGUAGUUCAGUUCUGUACUUGGAUACUGGGGUGGGGAGGCAAGUUUGGGAACCGGGGCAGAGUCAGCUCUGUGCUGAGCCUCCUGGCCCGGCCCCCACCGGUGCAUCCGCCCAGUGCCUCCACCUGCCCUGGCUAGCAUGCUGCUGGACCACACCCCAAGAUCAGGGGCCCUGGGGACUGCAAGUGAAUAAAGCACAUUUCCACCCAAUUUUGUCAUCCGAGAGGGAGCACAAACUGCAGACCCUUGUUGCAGCUGAAGGAAGGCCCUACAGAGAAUGAAAUCCAGGGCAGAGACAGUACACUUCACAGGACACUUGAGCACAGUCAAGAUUUUAUUCACACUUUUGGUUCCUGAGUUUUAUAUCGAAGACUCAGCUAUGAAUUGCUGUUUAAAUCUCAGAGCUUAGAGGCCAACCCAGUGACUAGACCUUCCAGUGAAGAAAGUGAUCUCAAGAGGUCCAGGGACUUCACAGCCAAGCCACACCACCUGACACGUUCUUCCAUGACACAGAGAGAUCUAACGCAAGGCCUGGGUUAUGUCUUGGUUGAGACAUCACCUGAGAAGCACCACAUCCUUUCAGACACAUCCUCGGACACACACGCAGUCUUGGUGCCCCCAGAUUCAAUCCUACGUUAGUUCUUUUGAUGAGAAGGAAAUAAAUCAAACCAGCCACUUGCACUAUGGCUUCCAAGCCAAUGUUAUUGACUCAAUAAGUGCUUAGCGAUUGACUUCCUCUUCUGUCUCCCUAUUUUCAGCUCCAUUUAAACCAGGAGUUAUGUACAAAGACCUCUUCCUCUCAUGU